CGGGCUAAAACUGCUGGAGUCCCUCGUUCGGCGGAACGGAGCACGUCACGGUCGUAUCCGAACGGUUCAGCAACCAUCCGGGGUAGUUCAGAAGCCGCUCAGUAACAGCCCAAAGGCUCUUUCUGCAUUCAGCGGUGUGCCCUCAUCGUCUGGCGUCGGGACGGAUCAGGAAAUGCGGGGUUCAGUCCGGACUGGGUAAUCCCGGCCAGCCGGCGGCCAUCUUGGUAAAGGAGGUGGUGUUUGAGGAGGAAGCAAGACUCCGCCGCGCUGCAGUACAGGCGAAUCUCACGAUCCGCGGGGCUAGCAUAGAAAAACAAUUGAAAGCAAGCAAAAAAACAAUUUGCUGGGAAAUUCAGCAGGUCCUCGCAGCACCUGUGGAGAGAUGAAAACAGAGUUAACGUCUCUAGUCCAUUGACAUUUCUUCACGACAUCGGUUUGUUAAAUUUUGACAAACAGAGCAGGAGAACUGAAAACAGACCGCCUAUACCUGGGUUCUGAGGAAAGAACUGAAUCCCUACAGUGCAAAGCAGGCCAUUCAGCCCAUCGAAUCCAUACUGACCUUCCAAAGACCACCUCACCCAGACACAACCUGUAACCGUAGCUUCCUCAUCGCUAGCCAACACAUCUCUGGAUAUUAUGGGCAAGUUUGUUCCGUAGAAACAAGGCAAAAAUCUCUCAUGAAUUUACGCGAAAUAAACUUAUAAACGCUUUUUAAAAUAAGAUUUUAAAAGAUGUUGAUUGCAGGUGGGAAAUUCAAAUUAUGCAUGAUGUCAUUCUCCGACAAGUUCAUUCGAUUCAUCAGGGCCUGAAUGCCAUUGUUCAGCAAUAUGGAAAGUGAAAUGUUUGCUGGUUGUAGAAAUGUAUUUCUCAUGUCUGCCUGACUGGAAAAACAGUGGGAUACAUACAGCCGAGUAAGUGGGUUCCAGUACAUGGACUGUGGAAAGAGCUUUAAUCAGUUACAAACCCUGAAAAGACAUUCCUUGCAAAAAGCACCUGUAGAUGGAUUCUGUGUGUUUAUGAGGUUUCAACUGGUCAUUCAACCUACAGAGAGGCAAAGAUACAUGCACCAUGGAGAAACCAUGGAAGUGCGGAGACUGUGGAAAGGGAUUCAAUUACCCAUCUCUGCUGGAAAAUCAUCGUCGCAUUCACACUGGGGAGAGGCCUUUUGCCUGUUCCAUGUGUGGAAAAGGAUUCACUCAAUCAUCCAAUCUUGUAACACACCAGCGAACCCAUACUGAAGUGAAGCCCUUCACCUGCUCUGUGUGUGGGAAGGAGUUCGCUCAGUCAUCCAAUCUCCUGACACACCAACGGGUUCAUACCAAGAUGAAGCCAUUCACCUGCUCCAUCUGUGGAAAAGGAUUUAAUCAUCCAUCCAAUCUGCUGAAACACUGUCGAAUUCACAGUGGGGACAAGCCAUUCACCUGCUUUGUGUGUGGGAAGGGAUUCACUCAGUCAUCUACACUCCUGACACAUCAGCGUAUUCACACUGAGGAGAGGCCGUUCACCUGCUCAGUUUGUGAGAAAGGAUUCAAUCAUCCGUCCAACUUGCUAAAACACCAGCGCGUUCACACUGGAGAGAGACCGUUCACCUGCUCCAUGUGUGGGAGAGGAUUCACUCAGUCGUCAACCCUUGUGAUACACCAGCGAACCCACACUGAGGCAAGGCCUUUCACCUGCUCUGUAUGUGGGAAGGGGUACAUGAAUUCAUCCAAACUCCUGAUACAUCAGCGAAUUCAUACUGGGGAGAGGCCAUUCAGCUGCUCCAUAUGUGGAAAGGGAUUCAUGAGUUCAUCCAUUCUGCUGACACACCAGCGAAUUCAUACUGGGGAGAGGCCAUUUACAUGCACUGUUUGUGGGAAGCGAUUCACUCAAUCAUCCAACUUGCUGAGUCACCAACGACGUCACAAAUGACUGCAGGAGUUGGAUUGCGAUUUCAUUACUGCUACUAAUGUUGUCUAGUACUGAGUGACAUUUAUUCUGACAGAUUGGAUUUGUUUCUGUUAAUGUUAAUGAUCCUUGUAACUGGAAAGUGUUUCGUAUUGCAAGCUGCUUUGAUUCUGCCUCGGUCCCCAAGUUAUUUGAUUUCUUAUCCAAUAGCAAGAACUAGAUGGACAGAAAUUUCCUCCAACCAAAAAAUGGUAAGACUAAAAUAAUUGAUUUGAGCACUGGCUCUGAGCACCACUUCCUAUCCACUGACUCCAUCCCUUUUCCUGAAAAUGGUCUGCGAUUAAGUCAGUCUUCUGCUUACAGUGUCACAUUUUAAUUAUGAGAUGAACUUCCAACCUCAUGUUCUUUCCAUCAUUUCGACCGCCCAUUUCCACCACCAUCAAACCACUUGAGUUCACCCCAUCUUAGUCAAGAUUAGAGCAGUGCUGGAAAAGCACAGCAGAUCAGGCAGCAUCCGAGGAGCAGGAAAAUCGACGUUUCAGGCAAAUUUGCUCAGUUCUGCUGAAAUCCUUGUUCAUACCAUUGUUUCAUCUAGACUCAAUGUUUUUGCUUUAACUUUCCCAACUGAUCUUCCAUAUCUUAUCCCUUGUAAAUUUUUGUGUCAUCCAAAACUCAGCUGCCCAUGUCUUAACUCACAGCAAAUCCCAGUUCUCCUUAUCUCAGGUGCAUGGAUGUGAAUUGGCCUGCAGUCAUCUUGACUUUAAAAUUCUCAGCAUCAUUUUAAACAUCUCUUUGGUUUUGUCCUUCCUAUCUAAUGUACUCCUUCCUUUGAAACCUAUGCAAUAUUUGCAAUCCUCAAAUUCUGGCCUCUUGUGUGUUCCCAAUUACAAAUGUUUCUCCAUUAUCAGCCAGCUCUGCAAUUUCCUCUCUAUAUAUGUCUGCCUCUCAUCCUCAGUUUCCUCCUUGCAGCCACUCCUUAAACCAAAUCGUCAACUGAGCCUUUGGUUGUCUGACCUAUUUGCUUCUUUGUGACUCAUUGUCAAAUGUUGUUUUAUAGUGUUUCUGUGCAGUCUGCAUUACAUUAAAGGUACUAUGUAAGUACAA